AGUUUACAAGUCUGGCUGGCUUUAUAAAGGGAAUUUCAACAGCACUGUAAACAACAGCAUUACUGUUCGGUCAUUCAAAAAGCGCUACUUCCAGCUGACACAGUUGUCGGAUAACUCAUAUAUUAUGAAUUUUUAUAAAGAUGAAAAAAUAUCAAAGGAGCCAAAGGGAUGUAUUUUCUUGGAUUCUUGCACAGGAGUCGUACAGAAUAACAGGCUUAGGAAACAUGCCUUUGAGUUGAAAAUGAAUGACCUCACAUACUUUGUGCUGGCUGCUGAAAAUGAGCAGGAUAUGGAUGACUGGAUUUUCACUCUCAACAAAAUCCUGCAAAUAAAUCCAGAGGGAACCGUUCAGGAGAGGAAAAGUGCAGAUCUCACUGAUCUGAAACUUGACCCUGCAGAAGUUUUGGUGAAUUAUGAUUGCUCUCAAGAAGAGACUGAUUCUUCAGAGAACACCUUGCACCCAGACUUUGCAAAAUACAUCACAGAAACAGAAGAAACGGUGAAAGCCUCUCGAAAUAUAGAGCGACUGAAUCUUUUCUCUUUGGAUCCUGAUAUAGCAUCACUGAAUUCUCAGAAAAAGGAGUUUCCAGGGACAAAUUCAGUGGUCAAGCCAUUUGAAGAAAAGCCUGCAAAGAGGAUCCUGAUAACUUGCAAAUCCCUCAGUUUGAAUCUCCAGGCCUGUGUUACUGAAAAUGAAAAGGAUCCUUCAACCAAUGUAGAGCCUUUCUUUGUGAGCGUGGCGCUGUACGAUGUCAGGGAUGGCAGGAAGAUCUCUGCUGACUUUCAUGUGGACUUGAAUCACACACUCGUUAGACAGAUGAUUUCAGGUUCAUCAUUUUCAUUAGAAAAUGGCACUGUUGAAAAUACAGACUCAAAUGAAAUGGAAGAACCACAGAUCAAGGGGUUCCCAGAAGAAUGGCUGAAAUACCCGAAACAGGCUCUUUUCUCCAUAAGUAAUCCUCAUUCUGAGAUUGUAUUAGUGGCAAAAAUAGAAAAGGUGCUUACGGGAAACAUUGCCAGCAGUGCUGAACCUUAUAUUAAGAAUCCUGAUUCUUUUAAGUGUGCACAGAAAGUGUUAAAAUCCAAUAAACAGUUCUGCAGCAAGCUGGGGAAAUACCGUAUGCCAUUUGCUUGGUCAGUGAGACCAGUGUUUAAAGAUAAUCAGGGAAACGUUGACAGAGACUCCCGAUUCUCACCUUUAUUCAGGCAAGAAAGUAAUAAGAUUUCCAUGGAAGAUUUGAUUAAACUAAUAGCAGAAUACAGAAGAGCAGAGAAGAUUAGCAAAAUACAGACUAUACCUGGCUGUUUGGAGAUUGCAGUUGAUUGUGUUCCUUUGGAACAUCCAAACUGUGUAACUUCAUCUUUUAUUCCAAUCAAGCCAUUUAAUGACAUAAAGGAGCAUCAACCUACAGUGGAAGUUGAGGAGUUUGUACAGGAAUCAACAAAAUAUUCUCGACCUUACAGAGUAUACAAGAACCAAAUAUACGUAUAUCCAAAACACCUCAAGUAUGAUAGCCAAAAAUACUUCAACAAGGCACGGAAUAUAACAGUGUGCAUUGAAUUUAAAAGCUCUGACGAAGAAGGAGCAAAGCCACUGAAGUGUAUUUAUGGGAAGCCAGGUGGACCAUUAUUUACAACGGCAGCCUACACCGCUGUGCUACAUCAUUCCCAGAAUCCUGAUUUCUAUGAUGAGGUGAAAAUUGAACUUCCCACUCAACUCCAUAAGAAACACCACAUUCUGUUUUCAUUUUAUCAUGUCACCUGUGACAUAAAUGCAAAAGCUAAUGCCAAAAAGAAAGAGGCUCUGGAAACACCAGUGGGAUAUGCAUGGCUUCCUUUGUUGAAAGAUGCCCAGUUAGCUUCCCAAGAACACAAUGUGCCAGUAGCAAGCAGUCUGCCUCCCAAUUACUUGAGCCUUCAAGAACCAACUAGCGGAAAGAUUGGCUGUGAUGUCAAAUGGGUAGAUAGUGGGAAACCACUUUUCAAAGUCUCUACUUUUGUUGUAUCGACAAUAAAUACUCAGGAUCCAUACCUGAAUAAUUUUUUCCAUCAGUGCCAAGAAAGGGAAAAGGAUCUAUCCCAGCCUCCUACCUCAAACUUUAUCAAUUCUUGUAAGAAUUUGCUGAAGAUUGAGAAAAUCCAUGUAAUUAUGAAUUUUCUUCCUGUAGUCCUGAAUCAACUAUUCUGGGUUUUGGUGCAAAACAGUGAUGAUGAAGUUACAACAGCUGUGACCAGGGUUCUUACUAACAUUGUUGCUAAGUGCCAUGAAGAACAACUAGACAACUGCAUCAAUUCUUACGUGACGUAUGUGUUCAAGACCAAAUCAUGUGAAGAAAGGACUGUUCAUGAGGAGCUGGCCAAGAAUAUGACUGGCCUUCUGAAGUUAAAUGACCAAGUAACAAUGAAACAGGUUUUAAAGCAUUCCUGGUUCUUCUUUGCAGUUAUCUUAAAAUCAAUGGCCCAGCACUUGGUUGAUACAAAAAAAACAAAGGUUUCUCGAACUCAGAGGUUUCCAGAAUCAUUUCAAACUGCGCUGGAUACACUUGUGAUGGUCUUGGCAGACCAUCUUGUUUGGAAGUACAAAGAUGCUCUUGAAGAAACCAGAAGUGCUAACUACAGCACUGCCAAAUUUCUCAAGCGCUGUUUUACAUUUAUGGAUCGUGGAUUUGUGUUCAAGAUGGUCAACAAUUACAUAAGUAUGUUUGGAACAGGAGAUAGCAAGACUUUACAUCAGUUCAAAUUUGACUUUCUCCAAGAAGUCUGUCACCAUGAGCACUUUAUCCCUCUGUGCCUGCCCAUACGGUCUUCAAACAUUCCUGACCCUGUGACACCUUCAGAAUCGACACAGGAAUAUCGAACAUCAGAUAUUCCAGAGUAUACACUGACCAAUGAAUUUUGCCGUAAACAUUUUCUAAUUGGAGUCCUGCUGCGGGAGGUUGGUUUUGCCUUGCAAGAAGACCAGGAUAUUAGGCACCUAGCUUUGGCUGUGCUUAAAAACUUGAUGGCAAAGCAUUCAUUUGAUGAUCGAUACGCAGAGCCGGCAAAACAGGCACAAAUAGCAAACCUGUACAUGCCACUCUAUGGAAUGCUUUUGGACAAUAUGCCAAGGAUUUACAUGAAGGAUAUGUUCCUUUUCAAUAUCAAUACUUCCAAUCAGGGAUCUAGGGAUGACUUGAGCACAACCGGAGGAUUUCAGAGCCAGACAGCAAUGAAACAUGCAAACUCUGUGGACACCUCCUUUUCCAAAGAUGUUCUGAACUCUAUAGCAGCCUUUUCAUCAAUAGCUAUCUCUGCAGCAAACCAUGCUGACUCCAGAGCUUCCUUAGCAAGUCUUGAAUCUAACCCAAGUACCAAUGAAAAAAACAGUGAGAGAACUGACACGUGUGAAAAGAUCAUGAGACCUUUGUCUUUGAUUGGAUCGACUCUUCGUUUUGACAAGCUGGAUCAAGCUGAAACUAGAAGCCUUCUUAUGUGUUUCCUUCACAUUAUGAAAACCAUUUCAGAAGGUGCACUGAUUUCCUACUGGUUGCGAGCACCAUUCUCAGAAAUAACAGACUUUUUCAGCAUUUUAGAGGUUUGUCUGCAAAAUUUCAGAUAUCUAGGAAAACGCAGUAUUGUAAGGAAAAUUGCUGCUGCUUUUAAGUUUGUUCAGGCCACCCAGAAUAAUGGAACCCUUAAAGGUUCGAACUCCUCUGGCCAGACAUCAGGUCUGCUCUCGCAAUGGAUGCAUUCUACUUCUAGUCACGAUGGCCACAAGCAUCCCAGAUCUCAAACAUUACCAAUAAUCCGUGGCAAAAAUGCACUUUCUAACCCCAAACUCUUGCAGAUGAUAGACAGCAGCACUGCAAGCAGCUCCAAUGAGACGGACAUUGUACAGUAUGUAGACACAGAGGCAAACAUUGCUACAGAAGUUUCCCUCACAAUCCUUGACCUGUUGUGUCUUUACACUCUGAAUCACCAGCGGCAGCUUCAGCAAUCUGAUUGCCAGAAUGCGUUGAUGAAGAAAGUCUUUGACACACACAUGCUCUUUCUGCAAAUCAACCAGUCAGCAGCAGCUCUCAAGCAUGUCUUUGCCGCCCUACGGCUGUUUGUAGGCAAGUUCCCAUCAGCAUUCUUCCAAGGACAAGCAGAUCUCUGCGGUUCACUCUGCUAUGAAAUCCUGAAGUGUUGUAACCAUAGGUCACGUUCAACUCAGACAGAGGCAUCUGCUCUUCUUUAUUUUUUCAUGAGAAAGAACUUUGAAUUUAACAAGCAGAAAUCAAUAGUCAGAUCCCAUCUACAGCUCAUCAAAGCAGUGAGCCAGCUGAUAGCGGAUGCAGGGAUUGGUGGAUCUCGUUUUCAACAUUCACUUGCAAUUAUAAAUAAUUUUGCUAAUGGAGACAAGCAGAUGAAAAACGUUAAUUUCCCAGCAGAGGUGAAGGAUCUGACCAAACGCAUCAGAACAGUUUUAAUGGCCACAGCUCAGAUGAAGGAGCAUGAGAAGGACCCUGAGAUGCUUGUGGAUCUGCAGUACAGCCUAGCAAAUUCAUAUGCCAGCACUCCUGAAUUACGUAGGACAUGGCUUGAAAGCAUGGCCAAGAUUCACGCAAGAAAUGGAGAUUUAUCAGAGGCUGCUAUGUGCUAUAUUCAUAUCGCCGCUCUCAUUGCAGAGUACCUGAAAAGAAAGGGUUACUGGAAAAUGGAAAAGAUUUGUACCUCACGUAUGCUCCUGGAAGAUGGUCAAGUCUCUGAUAGUAAUGUGUUACUAACAACUCACAAUGGAGGAAGCUUAUUUUCCAUGGGAUGGCCUGCUUUUCUGAGCAUUACCCCCAACAUUAAAGAAGAAGGUGCUAUGAAAGAGGACUCUGGGAUGCAAGAUACUCCCUAUAAUGAGAAUGUUCUUGUGGAGCAGCUGGAGUUGUGUGUUGAAUACCUGUGGAAGUCUGAGAGAUACGAGCUUAUUGCUGAGGUUAACAAGCCUAUCAUUGCUGUUUUUGAGAAGCAGAGGGACUUUAAAAGACUGUCUGAUUUGUACUACGACAUCCACCGGUCAUACCUGAAGGUUGCAGAAGUAGUGAACUCUGAGAAACGUCUCUUUGGGCGGUAUUACCGUGUUGCAUUUUAUGGGCAGGGUUUUUUUGAAGAAGAGGAAGGUAAAGAGUAUAUAUAUAAAGAACCCAAAUUAACCGGCUUGUCUGAGAUCUCUCAAAGGCUGAUGAAACUUUAUGCAGACAAGUUUGGAAUAGAUAACGUGAAGAUCAUCCAGGAUUCCAACAAGGUCAACCCCAAAGACUUGGAUCCAAAAUAUGCGUAUAUCCAGGUGACAUAUGUCACACCUUUCUUUGAGGAAAAAGAAGCUGAAGAUCGAAAGACUGACUUCGAAAUGCAUCACAACAUCAACCGUUUUGUGUUUGAAACACCUUUCACGCUCUCAGGAAAAAAGCACGGGGGUGUAGAAGAGCAGUGCAAGAGGCGCACAAUCCUGACAACCAGUCACUUGUUUCCCUACGUGAAGAAGCGUAUUCAAGUCAUAAGCCAAACCAGCACAGAGCUGAACCCUAUCGAAGUAGCGAUAGAUGAGAUGUCCAAAAAAGUCUCAGAGCUCAAUCAGCUUUGCACAAUGGAAGAAGUGGACAUGAUCCGACUGCAGCUCAAACUCCAAGGAAGUGUCAGUGUCAAGGUAAAUGCUGGACCGAUGGCCUAUGCUCGAGCUUUUCUUGAAGAGACAAAUGCUAAGAGAUAUCCUGAUAAUCAAGUUAAGCUUCUGAAGGAAAUCUUCAGGCAAUUUGCAGAAGCAUGUGGACAUGCUCUUGAUGUCAACGAACGCCUUAUUAAGGAGGACCAAUUUGAAUACCAGGGAGAGAUGAAGUCUCAUUAUAAGGAUAUGCUCAACGAGCUGUCUGCAGUUAUGAAUGAACAGAUUGUCUACAAGGAGGACUCGGCAAAACAGCAAGGAAUGGAGCGCAGUUAUUCACGAGUCGUCAAUAGAGCCAGCUCAUCUGCGCCAGCAGCAGCCACCCCGGCAAAUCCUGAUGCUUGACUGUGCGGGGAAUGCACGGCCUU